AUGAAGGACUUGCUAAUGAUUAAAUGUGAACAUAUAUGCCAAAUUUUCCUUAAUGACCAAGUUAAACCAUUAGGAAUUGGCAUAGUCCAUGCUAGUCCAAAGAGCACCUUCAUUGUGUGGCUAGCAGUGCAGAACAGACUUGCUAAAAAAGACAGAUUGAUAAGAUGGCAGCUAAAUAUUGAUGGUAUUUGUGGUCUGUGUCAGGUGGAAAAUGAAAACUUGGAGCACCUUUUCUUCUCUUGCUCCUAUUCUCAGGAGAUUUGGAAGCAGGUUCUGCUUUCUUUAGGUGUGAAUAGAAAUGUGUUGCCUUGGCAUGAGGAAGUUCAGAUUGCAGUGAAGAAAAGCAGAAGCACACAGAAGCAAGCUUGCAAGUAUAGUAUAGCUUUCAUUGAGUCUGUUUAUUGUAUUUGGUUGCAAAGAAAUGCUAAGGUCUUUAGGGAUCAUGUUGAUCCAGUUAAGACUGUUGUUAGCAACAUUAUGUUUAAUGUUGAGUGUAGAUGUCAGUAG